AUGUCUUCUCGUUCCACAUCUAUUCCUCAUCGCACUUCAGUCUCCUCGACUACAUCGACACAGCAUCCCCAGUCCCAGUCCCAGUCCCAAGCUCAGACUCAGCAAAGAUCUCGCCCGCAGCCUCAGAGGCUUACUGCGCAACAACUUGCUGAGCGGGUCAUCUCGCCAGCCUCACUGCUGUUCUCUGGCGGUACCCCGCCUUUCAGACGAGAAAGCCAACAAGAGCGAACAUUACCCACGGACAUGGACAGGAGGCAUCCCAGUUCGUUCCAACAGCUGGAGAAGCUGGGUGAGGGAACCUACGCCACCGUCUACAAGGGCCGGAACCGACAGACGGGCGAACUUGUGGCUCUGAAAGAAAUUCACCUCGACUCCGAAGAAGGCACGCCGUCGACGGCGAUCCGAGAAAUCAGUUUGAUGAAGGAGCUCAAACAUGAAAACAUAGUCACAUUGCACGAUGUCAUCCACACCGAGAACAAGCUCAUGCUGGUCUUCGAAUAUAUGGACAAGGACUUGAAAAAGUAUAUGGACGCGCGGGGGGAUAGGGGCCAACUCGACCAUGUCACCAUCAAGAGAUUCAUGCAAGAUCUGCUCCGAGGGACAGCAUUCUGUCACGAGAACCGAGUCCUACAUCGCGAUCUGAAGCCUCAAAAUCUGUUGAUCAAUACCAAAGGGCAACUGAAGCUCGCGGAUUUUGGCCUGGCGAGAGCGUUUGGCAUUCCCGUCAAUACCUUUUCCAACGAGGUGGUCACGCUGUGGUACAGAGCGCCGGACGUGCUUCUGGGGUCGAGGACAUACAACACGAGCAUCGAUAUUUGGUCAGCGGGCUGCAUCAUGGCCGAGAUGUAUACUGGCCGGCCGCUGUUUCCCGGGACGACAAACGAGGACCAGCUACAAAAGAUUUUCAGACUGAUGGGUACGCCAUCGGAGCGGACAUGGCCUGGCAUCUCUCAGUUGCCCGAGUACAAGAGCAACUUUCCAUCCUAUGCUACGCAGUCGUUGGCGAUUCUCUUGCCGCAGAUCGAUCAGUUGGGACUCGAUCUGCUAGGCAAGUUGUUGCAACUGAGACCGGAGAACAGAAUCAGCGCACAGGAUGCUCUGAGGCACCCGUGGUUCUCGGAUCUGCCAAACUACGCUGGACAUGGGAGAGCCCAUGUUAGCUCGACGAUGCAGCAACCGGGACAGUUAGGACAUCAGGGCGGAGUUGGAGGAGGGUACGGCGCACAACCUGGGUUGGUAGGGCCGGGGGCAUAUUGA